AUGUCACAUUUAAAGUUUAGAAAUGAAAGCUAUUCAAAACAGUCCCACAUGUUUCAGGAUAUAAAAGGUUUGUUUGGUCUCCAUGCAAGCAUUUGAUGUAACAUCAAUCAUGUUGUUCUACUUGUCAUGUGUUUUACUGCUACUCGGAGUUACACAAGGAGAGGCAAGUGAGGACUGUCCACCCGUGUCGUCUCUACAAUGCACGAGUGAUGCCAGAGCAUGUGACAGAAUGAGCCGGAAGCAAGCGUUUAUCACUCUGAAUAAUGGCGAGAGAUGUCCAGGCUGUAUGGUAUGCGUCCGUAACCGUGGUAAUCGUGGUAACCUUGGUAACCAUGGUAACCAUGACAGAUUUCCUUCCCUAAAUGAAGAGUGCCCGCGUAUAGCAUGUUACGCGAUGCAUAUUCCAGCUGACUGUGCCCCUGUAAGCUACACACAGAAAGUCAUCAUAGGGCUAAGAUUGUGUCCAGUCUGUAGUACGUUCCGCUGCACAAAUAUGUGAAAUUUCUUGUGUAAAACGAAGGAAAAUAAAUGAUAAUAAAAUGUG